CCCACAAUGCACUGCGGUCACUCGCUGGAUCAUGGACCCGAGCGACAAUGACCUGCAAGGAAGCGACGGCUCUGGGACUCUGGGCGGCCCGGAUGUCCGGAGACGAAUCCCCAUCAAGCUCAUCUCCAAGCAGCCCAUCAGGACCAAGCCCCCGGCCCGCGCCCCGAGGCCCGGCAGCCGGCCCGCCAAGACCGAGCCUGUGGAACCCGAUAACUUUGGCUUCAAGCAGGAGGAGCGCUUUGACUGUGGAGCGAAAUCCGGUGACGUGUUUGCGACUCAGAGGAGAUUCCCCCAGGCCUUGUUCUGGGACUAUAAGUUGAAUUUGAUUGGAGAAAGAGACGACGUGCCCAUUCACUUCUGUGAUAAAUGUGGGCUUCCCAUCCACCUGUACGGGCGCAUGAUCCCCUGCAAACACGUGUUCUGCUACGACUGUGCUCUGCUGCACGAGAAGAAAGGAGACAAGCUGUGUCCCGGCCUCACCAUGUACACCUGCAGCGACCCGGUGCAGCGCAUCGAGCAGAGCCAGCGCGGCGCGCUCUACAUGUGCAGCGUGGUGCCCGGCUGCAAGCGCACCUACCUGUCUCAGCGCGACCUGCAGGCGCAUGUCAACCACCGCCACCUGGGGGCGGCCAAGCCGGCCGCCGGCCGCCAGGAGCCCGUGCACCUGCCCCCCCAGUCCGAGGUCUCGACCGCCAAGCCCCCGCCCCACCUGCCCAAGAACCACGUUCACCUGCCCGGCCCCCUGCAGCACGGGGGCCGACCCCACGCCAGCCCCCGCCUGUCCCACGAAGCCCCGCCCCCGCCCGCCCUCGGCCCCGAGACAUUCCGCAUCUCCACGGUGACGACCCGCAAGCACAGCAACCUCAUCACCGUGCCCAUCCAGGACGACUCCUCCUCCUCCCGGGAGCCCCUCUCCGGGGGCCCCGCUCAGCCGCCCCACCACCACCCGGGGGACUACCCGGGUCAGCCCCCUGUGGGGUCCCACUCUCACCACAUGAUGGCUCCACAGCAGCACUGCCCCGCCUCCCCCAUCAGCCACCCCAUGCAGCAUCCGGCCCAGGCCUCCGGCACGCCGCACAUGGUGUACAACCAGCCCCCCAUGUCCAGCGCUCCCCCGCCCAUCACUCCGCCCCCGGGCCACAUUAUGGGCCAGAUGCCCCCCUAUAUGAACCACCCGCCGCCGGGACCGCCGCCGCAGCACAGCGGCCCGCCGGGCAACGCCCCCCCGCCUCACCACUACAACCCCAACGCCAUGCAGCAGUUCCCCGAGGACCAGGGCACCCUCAGCCCCCCGUUCAGCCAGCCGGGGGGGCUCAGCCCCGGGAUGUGGCCCGCUCCCAGGGGGCCCCCCCCACCACGGAUGCAGGGUCCUCCGCAGGGCCAGAUGCCCGGGCCUCACCACCCCGACCAGGGCCGCUACCGGCCUUAUUACCAGUAGCCGCUCCCCGGAGGACCGUCGCCCUCCGGGGUCAGGACUCCUUGACCCCAAAGCCAACGUGUGUCAUCGAGUGUCCUGGACCUUUUGUUU